UGAACGUUGAAAUCAACCCCUUGGGAACUGUAAACUUACCGAUUCAAUUCCAUGACCCUUCAUUCCCUAAAUUGCAUCUGUUUCUCUUAAUACUGUACUUAAAGUGUGUCACUUGUCUAACACCAACCACGUAACUGUGCAAACGUACAAAGCAAAGAAGUGGGAAAACAAGUCAUGGCGACUGAUUCGGACAAAUUGGUUGAUGAGGUUUUUUCUUGGACUCUUGGUGAUGUGCUUAACAGAAAUCUCUACAAAGGAAAGGUUGCAGGGAUUCCAAUGACUUUUUCCUCUGUUUCUGACUACACCAAGUCAUUUGUCUAUCCACUUUUUGAGGAGACACACGCAGACCUUCUUUCAAGCGUUUUAGGAAUCAAUCGUGCUCCCACUGCAGCCAUCCUUAAAGUGAUAAGGCCAAAAUGUGUUGAUGAUCCCGAGACGCCAAACAGAUAUUACCAAGAAACACUCCCCAAACCAUUAAUUUACACAAUCUUGCUCAGGAGACACCAAGGAUCUUACGUACCCGAGGUUGGAGAUCUUUUCGCCUUGACAGAUGCAAGGCCAAGAUGUGUUGAUGAUCUCAAGAGGCCAAACAGACUUUUCGUCAUUGCUUUAGUUCAAAGAAUGAAGUUGAACAAAUCACUUUGUAAGCUUAUGGUUUUGUCAUCAAAACCAAUCAAUCCAGAUUUUCGUAAGAACAACGUAAAAUAUUUUGCUGUUUCUCUUAUCAAUUUGUCAACAAAUAUUCGUAUCUCACAAGCCCUUCACUCAGAGCUAGAAGGGAACACACUGGAUAUGAUCAAAAGCGUGCUACGGGCUGAUUUCUCUAUUGAAGAGAGGUGUACAGACUGUUCUAUCGAUAACAGUAGAAGCAUGCCUUUAUUUAACAUGAAAGAAGCUCUUGAAACUUUCCAACUUGACAGUUCACAAGAAGCUGCUGUUUUGAACUGCAUUGCUGCCAGAGGUUGUCGUCAUCGUAAUACAAUAAAAUUAAUUUGGGGUCCCCCGGGAACUGGGAAGACAAAAACAAUCAGUUCGUUCUUACAUAUGUUGUUGAAGAUGAAAUGCAGAACACUCACUUGUGCUCCAACAAAUAUUGCUGUUUUAGGAGUUGCCAAACGAGUAAUGAGCUUCGUGCGAGACUCCUUGGUGUAUGAUACGUAUGGUUUAGGAGAUAUAGUUUUAUCUGGGAAUGGACAGAGAAUGAAGAUAGAUGACUGCAAAGAUCUUUCUGAUAUAUUCUUAAGUUUACGUGUCAAGAUUCUUUCUGAUUGUCUAGCUCCGUUGUCAGGCUGGAAAGGCAGCUCUGAGUGGAUGAUUUGUUUUCUUGAGGAUCCACAGGAGCAGUACUUGUCAUAUGUAAUGCAAAAUUCAAGAGUUGAUGAUGAUGGAGAGAGUAAUCAUUCUAAUGAUGAGAAAGAUGAUUGCAGCAUAAAAAGUCACAAAAGUGGAGAAAGUGAUGGAAUUGACGACGACGACGAUGAUGAUGAUAAUGAUAGCAGCACUGAAUUUUGUGGUGAUGAGGAUUUCUUUAUUGAAGAAGAGGAGCCGAGCGACUCGAAAAUGAAGAAAGCACUGAAAGUUCAGAACUGGAAGACCAUCAUUGUAAAAACCUUAAAAGACGAGAAGCAUUGUAGAAGUAGCAAGAAUGAGAAAGAGAAUGAAAAUGAGCAGUCUCCGAAAGAGAAUUCAAACAAAAAGAAUCUUGAUCAAGUGAAGGUAUUGACUUUUGAGGAGUUUGUUAUGAAUGGGUUCGACUUUCUUGGAAAUCAUCUUAUAUCUUGUAUUGAAAGCUUGUACACCCAUAUGCCGACAUCAUACAUUUCGGCGAAGUCAGCUAAAGAAAUGAUUAAGGUUGUAAGUUCUCUUAAACGUCUUGAAGAAUUACUGAAAGUUGCCAUUUCUGAAGAUAUUGAUAUGAGAGAAGUCUUGAAUGGAUUUGGGGAUUCUUGGGCUGGAGAUAGUAAUGACUUAUAUGCAUGCAGAAUGUCAAGUAUUGAAUCACUGAAAUACCUUCAAAAGACAUUGUCUUUUCCAGAAUUUAAGGAAGAUCAUGAAAUUAGACGAUUUUGUAUGACAAACGCUUGUCUGGUCUUUUGCACUGCGUCAAGCUCUAUCAACUUGCAUACAGAAGAGUUAAAUCCUUUCGAAUUUCUUGUGAUUGAUGAGGCUGCUCAGCUAAAGGAAUGUGAAUCUGUUAUACCUUUGCAGCUUAGAGGUCUUCGCCAUGUGAUACUUGUUGGGGAUGAAAGACAACUCCCUGCCAUGGUUCAGAGCAAGAUUUGUGAGGAGGCUGGGUUCGGUAGGAGCUUAUUUGAAAGGCUUGUAUCACUAGGGCAUAAGAAGCACCUACUAGAAGUGCAAUACAGGAUGCAUCCAACCAUAAGCCGGUUCCCAAAUAAGGAGUUUUAUGAUAAAAGAAUCUUGGAUGGUGCAAAUGUCAGGAGUGGUAGUUACGGGAAACGUUUUCUUCAAGGAAAUAUGUAUGGCUCGUACUCGUUUAUAAACGUGUCUUCUGCUAAAGAAGAGUUUGAUAAGGGUCAAAGCAUGCAAAAUCUUAUGGAAGUGGCUGUUAUUGCUGAAAUCAUUGCGAAUCUCUUUAAAGACUCUGUUGCAAGAAAAUACAAGGUAAGUGUUGGAUGCAUAUCACCUUACAAGGCUCAAGUAAAUGCACUACAGCAAAAGCUUGGUAAAAAGUACAUGGGUUCAGAUUACUUCACUGUGAAUGUGCGCUCGGUUGAUGGGUUUCAAGGAAGUGAGGAGGACGUGAUCAUAAUAUCCACCGUGAGAUGCAAUGGAAAAGGAUCAGUUGGUUUCCUUUCAAAUCGUCAAAGAGCAAAUGUAGCACUGACUCGAGCAAGAUACUGCUUGUGGAUAUUGGGAAACGGAUCAACUUUGAUGAAUAGUGGCUCUAUAUGGAACCAAUUAGUUGUUGACGCAAAGGAUCGUGGAUGUUUUUACAAUGCUGAUGAUGACGAAAACUUGGCUCAAGCCGCCAUGUUUGCUUUGCUUGAACUUGGCCAAUUUGAUAGCUUAUUCAACACAGAUUCCUCACUUUUUAAUGAAGCCAAAUGGCAGGUGAAAUUUAGUGAUAAAUUCUUGGAAACCAUUGCAAGUUUCGACGACCGUGAGAUUAGUAAAAAAGUGAUUUCUCUUUUGAUCAAACUUUUGAGUGGCUGGCGUGAACUAGCAAAAGAUGGAGAUACUAACGUAAAGAUAGAUGGAACUCGUACAAUUGUCGAAAAGUAUAAGGUCACACAAGACUUGUAUUUGAUUUGGGCUAUAGACAUUGUAGCACAACAUUCUGUUUGCAUCCAGGUACUUAAGUUCUGGGAUGUUUUAUCUGGUACCGAUAUUGAUGAGCAAGUUAAGAUGUUAAUGGAAAAAGUAUACGGGAAUUAUACUAUGAAUAUGAUAAAUCGCUGCAAGGAAAUACGUGUUCAAGGGAACCUGACACUUCCAGUUUCAUGGCCCAUGAACUCGGACACGGAUCAAAGUUGGUCCUUGGCAAAUCAGUUGGGAGGGUUGAGUUUAGGAAACCAGCGUUCCUCGUCAUCUUCAUCAUCAAGAGCUUCAAGUGGCUGGGGGUUUGGUAAUCGGAAAUCCAAUAGUUAUGGUGAUUCAAGAUCUCGUGGAAGGGGGCCAAAGUGGUAAAAGAAAAUGAAACGUGGAGAACUCAUGGAUGAUUCUUUUGACCUGUUUUGUGUCUAAAAGACUAAAACAUCAAAAUGAGGUACUCUGUUUUUUGGUGAAAGAAUGUGUGGUUUCUGUAAUGUAAGAAACUCUUUGUUCUAUUUUAAUAUGACUAGCCUGGUGUCCGCGCGUUGCAGCGGAACCCGUUAAAAAGCGGUUGUUAGGAUGUGUUUUUUAGGAUGUG